UACAGCGCGACCGGGCACAAGGCAGUGAUAUACGCGAUGAGACAGUCGAUAUAAAUAGCACGGUAUGUGAUGGAUAGAGAGCAAAGACAGAUUCCCCCGAGAAACUCCCCGAUAAAUCCACCCGGCUCAAAGGCAACGCGUUAUUUUGGACAUGAAUGUGGAAGAGGAAAGGGAUAUCAUGGGAAGCAAGAGGUCGAAUGAUCGGAUCGCUCCCUCGAUCAAGGAACGCGAGGAGACCCCCAACGUCUCAGGGUGGUGGGAUAGGCACCGGACUGGGUUGUCAAAGGUGCUGGGAUAGUAUAUAUGAACUAUAUACUAUAGGAGGCAAGCCGUUCCCACCACCUCAGCCGAGUACGAGGCGGAUCGAUCCAAAACACGAUAAAGACAGAACGAUCAGACCCUAUAUACGUAAUUCAUCAUUGCCACGUCUAGCGGCGUAACCGUGAAACCUAAUCCGUAGAAUCCGCCUGUGGAACGCCGACCGUAGCCGCUAAAAUCAAGGAACAGUAAUAAGAAUGUACUCGCGUAUUCGGGG